GCACUCGUCUUCCCAUUUUUUUGCUGCCCUGCGGUGGUCGUGUGUCUCGUCGUUGAUGAUGUCGAGGUCCGGGGCAAUGCGCACUACGGAUGGAGAAGCGUUCUCUCUUCCGUAUUUUUUCCACUAUCCUCCCUACUUCACGCUCCAACCUGUCCGCGACACUAGGGAGAAACAGAUACAGCUGUGGAAGGAUCUCAUUCUCAAUUACUGCAAGCAUUACAAGGUCUUCGCGAUUGACGUGGAAGGGGACUUCCCCUUGUUCUCCAAUUCAGAAAUCGAACGGCGGCUGAACACGGAGGCAAAGCGGGUUUUCCUCUCCGCCUUGGUAUCGGAAGGGCGGGCGGAGUGGUUAGAUAAGGCGCAGAGGCGAUGCCUAAUCUUUUGGCGUAGGGUCGAGGACUGGGCUGGGUACAUUUAUUCUUGGGCGGAUUCCAACGCCCUGGUGGGGGGGGUGGCUACCAUGGAAGAGUUGCGGUCAGGAGACGACGUCAAAGGCACAGAUCUAGAGGGUAUUGACAUCAACAUCCUGCGAAAAGCUAUGAAGGUACUCGAGCAGCGGGGGAAAGCGGUUCUGUUCAGGGGGACAUCGGCAGAUGAUGAAGGAAUCAAGUUCUUGAACUGACGGCGCCUGCCAACUGUGUACUAUGGAGUACUGAUGAUUGGCAUAUGGAAAUUGCAGAAAUGC